AUGGUAACCGGUAUUGAAGCGGCCGGUCUUGCUCUUGCAAUCUUGCCAUUAUUUGUGAACCAAAUCGAUGCCUACGCUCGUGGUAUAGAGAAGAUCAAGGGCUUGAGGCGCUACCGACGGGAGUUUAAAGGCUAUUCAGUUGGCCUAAGAUCACAAUAUGCGAUUCUCUUGAACACAUUGACGCAGGCUCUGGAGGGCGUGGUGAAUGACGAAGAUCAAGUUUCCGAGCUGAUACGCGACACAAAGGGAAAUGGAUGGAAAGAUCCGGAGCUAGAACGACGACUUCGCUUGAAGCUCAACCGAGACUACGACGUAUACAUUGACAAUGUCAGCGAGCUUUCUGAGAGGCUGGAACGGUUGUCACAAAAACUUGACAUUGGAUUAAAUGAUAUGAAGUCCCCAGUUACGGAAGCAUGGAACAUUUGGAAACUUCGGAAGAUCCUUGACCGAGCCGUUUAUGAAGACCUACUCGCAAAAAUCACCGAAAUUAAUACUGUCUUGAAGACGCUCAUCGAUCAGUCCGACCUUCGAGAAGAUAACAAGAAGAAACGGCAGACUUGGCACUACCUCCUAAAGCGCUACCAAAAGGCUCGCAGGCAUGCACAAGGACUCUUCAAAGCAAUAACUGGAGGAAACUAUUGGCAGUGUCCGUGCAAAGAGCAGCAUUGUGUCCACAUUCAAUUGCAAACAAACCCGUUGGACAGCACCGAUGAGUACUUCGAUCGAGAGGUCGACACCCAGUCACAAUUCAAAAUGAUUUUUUCCAACGCAAACCAGACAACCCAAGCUUCCCUUUGGACUUGGACAGAGGUUGAGUUUGAGCCUUGGCAGGUUGAGGAAAUUGUCAAAAUUGCCAGUUUGUCAUUACACGAAGAUACGGUGUCCAAUAAUCAAAAGCGGCGCAGAGUUCAAUUUGACAUACCAUCGGCGCGGGAAACACUGUCAUUGAAACCGUCUAAAGAAGCGCCACCAAUACAUGACUUUUGUACAUCACUUUGUGUUUUCAGGCCCAAUGAAACGCGACGAGAGUGCAUAGGAUCUAUAUCGAACGAGCUAGAUGCUUCUGUCAAAUACACCAUGCAUGCCGUGAAGACCCUAUCAACCCCCAUUCCACAAAGAUCUCUUCGCGAGGUACUGUCGCAUAUCAGUCGGCAAGAUCGUCUAUAUAUUGCCACUGGUCUAGCAUGCGGGGUUAUCCAAUUCCAUGAUAAUUGGUUGAAAGCAUGGUGGGAUAGCUCAGAUGUCUACUUAGCUGCCGCCAGCGAUGGGAGAAAGGUUUUAUUGGACAGCAUGUACCUCUCCUGGUCCUUUUCCAGCUCUAACACGAGCUCAACAACAGGGCCAAAUAACGGUCCUCACCAACCUCCUCCGGGGAAUAAUCGUCUAUUGCCACUAGGGCUUGCGCUGGUGGAGCUGUCUACUGGAAAGUCUAUACAAAAGUUGAUAGACCCAGACGAUGAAAAUGGGGAUAUACCCGUCACUAAGCUUGAAACUGCAUCAAGAUUGGUCGAAAUGGUAUAUAAGGAGAGUGGGACGAAUUAUGCGGAUGCCGUUAACAGCUGCUUGUCCUGGUCCACUUUGUGUCUAGAGAAGCGUUUUGAGGAGCGUGUUUUUGAGACAAUUGUCUCUCCAUUACUGAGAGAUCUGGUUAAUUUCUAA